AAUUCACCACUAACCCUCUCUCCAUCUUUGACUUUUUCAUUAGUGAUAAUUUGUCAGCUGAACUAUUUUACUCCAAUUUCUUCUGUGACAAUGUUAGAACUCUAGGGCCAAUCACUGCUAGAGAAAUCGAUGGAAACUUCAACUGGUAACGAUGCCGAUAGGUUUACUGACUCAUCCUCUUCCAACAGUGAUACUGUCAGCACUUCAAGGAAUCACGCGUCACGAUUCCCUGUUCUACGUUUCCUCCGCUCUCCAGUAACAACCUUUCUCGAAUAUUCUGGAGUUCUCCCAUCAAGAUCGAGCAAUCUCGACGACACGGAGCGUCUGGUACCUUUCAGAAGGGCUCGCGAUGGACAGUUCCACGGUACUUCCGAUGAUCCCGCAGGUGCCGCAAGAAAUGGAGAAGUUUCAAUUAGGAUCAUCGGCUCUGAGGAACGCGACCGCAUUGACUAUAAUGAUGGCAUCACUGGUUAUAGAUUGAACGGAGAGGUUGCGCAUGGUGGAAAUGAAGGUUCGGGUGGUGGUGAUGGUGAGAGUGAUAGGAUUUCUGACGCUUCUUCUUUAUCAGGGCUUGAAAAUGGAGAGAGAGAAGACGGUGAUGCCACCACUAGUGGGAAUGGUAAUAGGGAUGCCUCGUACCAGAGAUAUGAUAUACAGCAAGUGGCGAGGUUGAUUGAGCAAAUUCUCCCGUUUUCGUUGCUAUUGUUGGUCGUUUUCAUCCGUCAGCAUCUGCAAGGUUUCUUUCUGACGAUAUGGAUUACUACUGUAAUAUUCAAAUCCAAUGAUAUUCUUAAGAAACAGACUGCUCUAAAGGCAGAGAAAAAACUGUAUGUCCUUGUUGGCAUAUGCUUGAUUUUCUUGCUUCAUGUGAUUGGUGUGUACUGGUGGUAUUGGUCCCUUGAUCUCCUGCACCCACUGAUCAUGCUUCCUCCAACAUCUGUACCACCUUUCUGGCAUGCUAUAUUCAUUAUUCUGGUAAACGACACAAUGGUGCGACAAUUGGCUAUGGUUCUGAAAUGUGUGCUGCUAAUGUACUACAAGAAUGGCAGAAGUCAUAAUUUUCGUAGACAGGGUCAAAUGUUAACCCUAGUUGAGUAUACACUGCUAUUCUAUAGGGCAAUGUUGCCUGUACCAGUCUGGUAUCGGUUCUUCUUGAAUAAAGAUUAUGGAAACCUCUUUUCUUCAUUGACAACUGGGUUAUACUUGACUAUUAAACUUGCAUCAAUUGUUGAGAAGGUGCGAUCUUUCUCUGUUGCAUUGAGAGCUUUGUCAAGGAAGGAAAUUCAUUAUGGUACACAUGCUACAGAUGAGCAGGUAAAUUCUGUGGGAGACCUCUGUGCUAUUUGCCAGGAAAAGAUGCAAGCUCCAAUUUUAUUAUGCUGCAAACAUAUUUUCUGUGAGGAUUGUGUGUCUGAAUGGUUUGAACGAGAAAGAACAUGCCCCUUAUGCAGGGCCUUGGUUAGGCCUCCGGAACUGCGUUCGUUUGGGGAUGGAUCAACCAGUUUAUUGUUCCAGUUGUUCUAGUUCUAGAGCUGUGCUUUCUUCUUUGGCCAUCAUCAGCUUCUCUUGCAGAGUCUUCAAUCAUUUGAAAGAGGUUUGGUAUUUUAAGAGAACUGCUGCAGCUGGAUUUUACAAAGAAAAUUAAAUAAAUGAGCUGACAGAUUUGGCUUAAUAAAUUCACAUAGACCAUAGAAAUAUAGGAGUUAAAGAAUAGAACAUAUAUUCAAAAAAUAAAAUGUCUUUACAAGUGACAUUUUUUGGUGAUUCCUUCAAGAGGAACACUUGAUACAUAAAUGAAGUAAGGCCGUGCAUGUUUUACAUUGUUAUAGAUAAAAGUUCCAUUAUGAUCACAA